UCAACAUCGACAAAUACAAUGCCUCCACGAUUACCUGCGCUCUCGGCGUACUGUCGGGCAGCGCCCACCUCUGCGCAGCCCUUGUCGGCGUUUCUGCUGCCGUUCAUGCAGGCACGAAAUGCUUCUAUUCUAGGCAGCCUGUCAGACAACCAAGGAGCAUACAACAAGCGUAUCCGCCGUGGUCGUGGUCCAUCGUCAGGGAAGGGAAAAACCUCAGGAAGAGGUCAUAAGGGUCAGAAGGCGCAUGGAAAGGUGCCAGCACGAUUUCAGGGUGGUCAGACGCCUCAGGAGAUUGUCCAAGGAAUCAGGGGCUUCGAGAACAGAUUCUCUGUUGAGAUGUCCCCGAUCAAUCUCAAUAAGAUACAAGAAUGGAUAGACCAAGGCCGCCUGGACCCGACCCAGCCCAUUACCUUGAAGGAACUGGUUGAAACGCGUUGUUUACACGGUAUUAAGGAUGGAGUGAAGCUCCUAGCGAGAGGCAAGGAGGACCUGAAGACGCCAAUCAACAUUUUGGUAUCACGAGCUUCAGCUGCGGCUAUUGAAGCUGUCGAGGCAGCCGGAGGCAAGGUCACCACGAGAUAUUACACCAAACCCUCCAUCAAAAGGAUUUUAAGGGGCGAGUCGGAAUCGAGCUUCACUCCUCUUGCCAUGACACCUCCUCCCACUGAGGAAGAAUCUCCAAUUCUCUCUGCGGUUCGGUCCUCAGCUCCAUUCUCGUAUCGUCUCCCUGAUCCAACGAGUCGAAAAGACUUGGAAUACUACAGAGAUUCGAACAAAAGAGGUUAUCUGAGCCAUCUGGUGGAAGAGGGACAUGGCCCCAGUUUAUUCUUCAAGACACCGGGUACCGGAACAAAGAGGAAGGCCAAGAAGGCCGGAAAGGCAGCAGUUGGUGGAGACAAUAAGUUGUGGUAG